AUGGCCUCCCUAAUCUUCAAUAUUAUGGUCGUUAAUAUGGCAUUAAUAUCAUUAAUCCUCCUCAUAUCCCCAACUGCAAAGUCAUUCUCCCGGCCCCUCUCCGCCUCCGAGGCAAAGUCAGUGGGCCUGGGCUUUCCCCAGGUCACAAACAUCACGUUCUACUUCCACGACAUAGUCAGUGGGCCCAACCCGACGGCCGUGCGCAUCGCGGCCCCGAAAGCCAAGUACCCCAUGUUCUUCGGGGGACUUAUAAUGAUCGACGACCCGUUGACCUACGGGCCGGACAUGAGCUCCGGCAUCAUGGGCCGGGCCCAGGGGAUGUACGGGUCAGCCGAUUUAGAGGUUUCAGGCCUCGUGAUGGUUCUCAACUUUGUGUUCACUGAAGGGGAACACAAGGGUAGCACGUUGAGCUUGCUGGGCCGCAAUGCCGUUAUGGACAAGGUGAGGGAGAUGCCCAUUCUCGGGGGAACCGGAAAGUUCCGCUUCGCUACAGGGUUCGCACAAGCUAGCACGUAUCACUUGGAUUUCACCACGGGAGAUGCCGUCGUUGAGUACCACGUUACUGUUUUCCAUUUCGGGCAAGCCUAG